UUAAAUCCUGGAGCAAUAGACGGCUUAAAGCGGAGAGUGAGAGAGUGAGUGUUUGGAGGAAGCGAAAGGGAAAAGGAGAUUGAUCAAUUAACGAGGAAAUGGAAUCAAUGGCUAAAGUCAAUUAUUUGAUCGGAGAAGAUGAAUUCUUGGCCUGCUGCGGCAGUACGGAGUUUGCCAAACAAAUGGCAGCAGCCUCUCCUUUCCCAUCCUUGGAUCAGGCCAUUGUCGCUGCUAGAGACCUCUGGUUCAACAAGGUCGAUGUUAAUGAGUGGCUGCAAGCUUUCUCUGCGCAUCCUCAAAUCGGCGAUUCACCUCCAUCUUCACAUCACUCCACCUCUGCUCAGUGGAGCAAGGGGGAACAAUCGACUGCUUUAGCAACUGCAACCAGUUCUAGUUUACAGGAACUGGUUGAAUGGAAUUCUCGUUAUAGACAAAAAUUUGGAUUUAUAUUUAUUAUAUGCGCAUCUGGAAGAAGCACCACUGAGAUACUCUCUGUUUUGCAGAAACGGUACCCUAACAGGCCCAUAGUAGAAUUUGAAAUUGCAGCACAGGAGCAGAUGAAGAUAACAGAAUUACGUCUUGCAAACCUCUUUUCGACAAAAACAAAUGCUAGCAUGAGUAGUGACCAGUUUCCAGUAACGACUGCUGCGAAGAAAACAGAAGAAGAUCGUAUGAGCAUCAUUGGAGGGCAUUUAACUGCUGUAUCCGAAUCUUCAGAUAGAAAAGCAUCUCAAAUUCCAGUUCGGACUCGUCCACCCAUUACAACCCAUGUCUUGGAUGUUUCUCAGGGGUCUCCGGAUUAA